GCUCGUUAGUGAUACAUAAGUGUAGAAAAGUUUGUGUCCCCGUAUCCUUCUCAUUCUUUACAAUUUCGGUGAAUAUACAUCCAAUUACCCACAGAUAAUGACGGAUCCCACUAUCGAGGCUACCAGGCGAUUGAACGUCAAGAAACAAACUUUGGACGAUGCAUACGCUGCCCCUGCCAAUUUUCUAGAAAUCGACGUUAUUAAUCCCAUGACUCACGGUGUGGCGAAAAAGAGAUACACAGAUUAUGAAGUGCGAAUGAGGACAAAUUUACCGGUCUUCAAAGUGAAGGAAUCCAGUGUGAGGCGUAGGUACAGUGACUUCGAAUGGCUGAGAAAUGAACUCGAAAGAGAUAGCAAGAUUGUGGUGCCCACUCUACCUGGCAAAGCAUGGAAGCGACAAAUGCCCUUCCGUGGGGAUGAUGGUAUUUUUGAAGAGGACUUCAUUGAGGACAGGAGGAAGGGUCUUGAGAGCUUUAUUAACAAAAUCGCCGGGCAUCCCUUAGCACAGAAUGAACGCUGUCUCCACAUGUUCUUACAAGAACCAGUGAUUGACAAAAACUAUAUUCCUGGGAAGAUCCGAAACACUUAGUUGAUGUGAAGAAUGGUCUCGAAGCAUAACAGUGUAUAUUAAAUAAUCAAAGGGAACGAAAGCAAUCAAUCAUGCUCUCAAAAUUAACUCGCUUCAGAUUCUUGUGGCCAAUUUCGAAACGAGUGCUCAAGAAUCGUUGGAGUUCAUAUUCUCCAUUACUUGGACUGCAUUUUGCAAUUUGGAACUAUAUAUUCUGACUCAUCUGUAAAAACACUUAUGUGCAUAGGGAAACUAAUGGCACAUACGUUGUUUUUAAACCGGGCCAGAAUUUAUAGUUCCAAAUUGCAAAAUGCAGUCUACUUAUCCCUUUGAUAAUGCUCAUUACUUCUUCAAUUGUUUUCCCUGUCUCUCCAUUUGAAUCUCUUGUUACAAAAUUCCAAGAAUAAGGUUUUGCAACCAUUUUCACAGCUGGCGUUAUUGAGAGGAGACUGUUUGUUUGAGUCUGCUGUUUUGCCAAAUCUCAAUGUCAGCACUGAUAUGUAAAGUAGUCGUAAAUUACUUGCGGUGCGUCAAAGAUCCUCAAAUUCAUCCUAACUGAUAUAAUUCUAGAUACUAAAAGACUGUAAUGUAAUUUGUUUGGCUGGUCUUCAAUCGUGAAGUGUUAACUUUUUUUAGAGUUCUGAUCAAAUCCAAUAGUCUCCUCGGUGAACUCGCACAUCCAUCCCCUCAUAGAUAAUAUAAUAAGUCCUCUGACAGUUGCAAGCCUGAAGUUUGUAUACAAAAUUCCUCAUGACAAUUGAUGGUCAACACUUUUUCAAUGUCAUCCCUGUUCUCUCUCACUCAAGAACUGCUGAGCAAAAUAUCCGCAUAAAUGAACAAGUUUUCACAGUCCAUCAAUUAUUGUCAGUCCCUACAGUGAGAGGAAUUGAAGGUGUAGAGAUCUCAUGCCUGAAAGAUAAUAACUUCAGCUUAUGUAGUUUGGAGCUGUUCUGUCCGUUUUUAGCAAGUGUUAGUGGAGAUAGUUUUAUUUCCCUUAUAGGAAUAACUGUGAUUUAGAGAAGUUAUCUCAAAAUUCUAUUGAAUCGAAAAGUGGAUAUGUUGGUUUGUCACCAGUUUUUAUUGCUUUCCUCUCACAUCAUAUGAAAAAGAUCAAUCUUCUCUCAAGCACCAGAACUUUAAUGCAAUAAAAAGCAUAGGAGUGCUUUUGAACCUAGGAAACAACUGAUACUGCAAUUGAAGCUGAGAGAUCUUCUCUUAACUGUAUGCUAUUUUUAUUGCUUGGCGUCAGUCAGCUCUAUACCUUUCACUCAAGCCCUUCAAGGAGACUAUAUCCUACCGUAAGUUGUUAAUAUUGUUGAUGCGAAUGUUCCUCCGUUAUCUCGCCAAAAUAAGAUGCUCCUCAAAUUGAAUAUUUCCUUCAAAAUACUGAAAAAUCUUUUCAUUCAAAAUCUCCCAUUAUCAGUUCAACAUGGUUGCAGGCAAGAGAAUUUGCUUUAAGUGAAUUUCAGAACCAAACGAUUACAAAUAUAAGAAUGUCUCUUGCAAAAUUUUGUAAGAAAAAACAAGCCUGAAUCACAAAUUAUGAUACUUAGUAGUAUAGUUUAAGAAAUAUUUUAAUCUCAUCUUUUCCCCCAAAUAUGUUGAAAUUUGUAAUUUGAAGCUAGUCCAAAUAGUUACAGCUUCUGACAACAAUUUGUGGUGUAUAAUUUCAAGAAAGAAUAUUGGUGUAUACAUUUAUUCCAUAGCCAAGGCUGUUUUCUUGGCUUAUAGCAAGCAACCAUCACAAAAAAUGCAAUAGAAGUACUCCUCUUGACAUCAAUCAGAGCUGGCAUGGUUGAAAUUUUGUAUUGUAUUUCUGGUUUAUAGGCCCUGCAUUCCAUAAGACUUAACAGGGCAACAGAGGAAGGAAUUGGACCUUCAGCCACUAGCGUAUUGUAGGACUACUCCUUCAUUUCAGUAACAGCCUUGUUAGGAUCAAUCAGUACCAACCAAGUGGAGUUUAUCAAUAGCUUACUGACAAGCACUUGUUUUAAAAACCCUUGUUGUUGACCUACAACUUAAAAAAUCUCUCCAUUCUUGAUGUUAAUCCUGGGUAAACAGUAAUCUAAGUGGUAUCCACCUCAAUAUAUGACUAAUUUUGAGCUUUUAUUCUGGUUAUUUUCCAAAAAUUGUAUGGAUCGGAGAUAAAUCCAUUUCUCAAAAGUGAAUGAUUAUAUGUUGAGGUUCAUUAGCUUAAAAAUCAAGUCAAAAGUACGGCUGGAAAAUUUUCAUCGAUCGAUCCGCAACACUAGUCUAUGAAGUCUCUCAGGCUAACUAUAUUUCUUAGCUAAUCAACUUUAAAAUUUGAUCAUACUUUUCUGAGACAUGAAUAUAUUUUUAAUGUAUCCAAUUUUUUUAAAAUAAUCCAAAUAAAACUUGUAAGUAGCCGUACUAAAUCGAAGUAGUGGUCUUACACAGAAAGUUUUGCCGCAAGUAUGCAGAAGAAAAAAAAAAUUGUUAUAAUGGCUAAAAUCCCUUAAAUUAAGGAACUAAAUUGGAGUUAAUAACUUCAUAAAUAAUGCAUGUGCUUUUAGGCGUGACGGCAUGUCCCACUGAAAAUGCCAUGCUGAAAACGUGCAAUGGUACAACCAAUAAAAUUUUCUGUUCUGUUAAAGGAUAAUAACUCAUUAUUGUGAAAUAAUCUUUGGGUUCGUCAUCAGUCGUCUUUUCCCCGAGAAGAGAACUUACUAGAGGAAAGAAUUACUUUAAUUCUUGUUCGAAUCAUUUAUUUAUGUUUUUUAAGCCCCUCUGUAAGUAUGUCGCCUGAAGAAACUUUAUAUUUUUAUUAAGUGGAGUCUGUGGAUGAAUGUAACAUUUCCUGUGUAAAUCAUACUGUUUAUCAUGUGUAAAUAUUGCAUAUUUAGGUUUAUCCUCUGUUAAAAACAAUGUUUUUGCUCCUUUGAUUGGAAUUCUGAAUUCUUCUUAGUGUAGGCAUUUUGCUUUAUAAUCUUACUCUAAUUUUGAAUUUGUCCAUAUAAACCACUUAUUUUUUUCAUGUA